GAUAGCGAUGCCAAGUGGAUAUGGGUGUGAUAAUGAUAACUGUUUGUGGGAUUGGAUUGCUCAAUGCAUCGGACUCUUUGGAAUCGAAUCAUGGAGCCAAUAAUACACCUGUAUAGUACGAAAAAACAUAAAAUUAAAUGGAAAUACGUGAAAUGAGGUGUUGUUUAUAAAUUUGACAUUAGUCGGUGAAUUUUUGAAUUUUCAAUUGUGUCGAAGAUGAUUAAGUGAUUAGUGAUGAAAUGUGAAUAAUAAGGCUUCUGUGAUGGGUUGUGGUCAGAGUAAAAUUAAUUUGUACCCGAGGAAAAACAAAAAUGGCGGCAAAGGACAUGGCGCCAAAAAGUCAGGCGCAGCGGAUAAAGAGGCGGACGAGGAGGAGGGUACGGCCGGCGGAGCAGCGCCCCCUGACGACAAUGAGGAGGAACAAGAACAGCCCACCAAACACAUCCUGCCACUCACCAACCACCCGGCUGUUCUGGAGGUGUCGGCCAGCCAACAAGAUUUCUUCAAGAUGUUGGAUGAAAAGAUCGAAAAGGGCAAAGACUACGAUUCGUCCAGCGAAACAGAAAUCCGAAUAGAGCAUGAACGCCGAAGGGUGCUGAUAGAUCAAUGGCGGUCUGCUUCAUUAUCCACACAUUCCUCUCAAUCGCAGCCGAGUCCACCCACACCAGCCAGGAGGCGAGUACCCAGGCCGAUACCACCUCCUCCGGAACGACAGAACAGCCCCGGCUCAGGGAGACGCUGUUACAGACAACAACACGUCCCCGACGGCAUGUCACCACCACCACGGAGAUCACACAGCGCACAAUCACACCACCCACCAGACCCUAGACAAAUCAAUGGCGACAAUUGGCAUGAUCCGACAAAAUCUCCCGUCAAAAGACCACAGAGUGCCGGAGCAAACUGGAAGAACAACCCUAAAGUCGGGCCAUACAAUCAAAAGCCAAGGAAAAAUGACGCUAACGAUUACAGAGGGAAUCACAACCCAGACGGCCAAGACAUGUCUCAGAUAACAUUUAACCCAACAUUCCAAACACACAGUCCAGCUCACUCAGUUAAAUCUCAGCAACCAUACAUAGCGCAGAUCAUAAGCUACCCAAUGUCACAGCAGGUGACGCCACCGUCACCGCCCAAGUACAUCGCACCCCCAGAAGAAUACCAGGAUCCUCAGAACAAUACUGUAGGUGUAGAUAACAGUAAACACUCCACACAGCGACAGUCCCCAGUGACACAAGUAAAUACUCAACCACAUAUCUACUACAUACACGGUAACACCACGACGACGAUGGCGCAGGAUAUCGCUCAGCAGAGGCAGCAGACUGCCAUACACCUGCAACAAUACGUCGCCAUGAAGCAGGCUCAGCAGCAAAUGUUCACAUAUCUCCAAAGAAGUCCACACACUGUGUUCCCUAAUAUAGAUUACUCGCAAAAUCCAACUCAAAAUAGGAUGUACGAGGGAGAAGAGUUCAUGGCUCAGUAUGGACACCCUGCUAUGCGACCGCACAGUGCACCGACUCCCGUGGGUGUCGUGAGGCCAAUGCCAGUCGCUCCCGGUUUCAGCCCGAUGGCAGAUGGAACCCACAUGGUACAAAUGCCGAUGUGGACACAUAUGCCCCCUGUAGUGUCCACAAUGGGCCCCUGGGUGCAGGGCCAGGCUCCCCCAGACAUGCAGUACUACCCGCAGGCGCAGUUCUUGCCGAUGUACCGGCCGAACUCGGCGGGCUCUGCCGGCACCCUGACGAGAUACCACAAGAAGGACUCGAGUGAUAGUGAAGUGAAGAAUAACGUGUGCCAAAGCAUAAAUCUAGUCAGGCAGAAGCCGAUAGGUCAGAUCGUAUCCAUCCCUGGUCAGGAGCUGACGGUGUGUAACAAUGUAAGUGACAGUCCGAGCCCCGCGUCCGUCAGCACGGACAGCGGGGUGUCGCCGGGGAACAGUGUGCCUAGCUCCAAGAACCUGGUCUUCAACACGCCCCCUGCUGGUCCGAACGACACCUUCACCUUAGAUAAUAAGAACAAAAAGAAUAAACUUGUACAACAACCUAGAUCUCUGAAAAAUUCAAAAAGUCUAGAUUCUUAGUGAAACGUUUGUAAUUAUGUAGAUUUUCUAAGUGUAUGUAGAGAUUAGUUUAUAUGGCUAUGUAAAGUAUAGUUAAUUCGAUUCCAAAGUGCUUAUUAUUAAGGUAGGACUCGAGUUAUAUUCUGCUUGAAUAUUAUCCUCAAUACAUUUUUCAUACAUAUUUAAAACAUAUCCCCUAAAUCGAAUAAGAACUGAUUAAGGAAUUGCUUCGAAUACACAGAAAGAAAAUUGCUCUGAAAUGGAAUACUCAAUAAGUAACGUAGACAAUAUUCGCGUGGUAUAUUCAAAUGUGAUUCGAGCGGAUCAUAAGUCGAGUCGAGUAAGUAAAUUAUUGUAUUUAUUGUGAUUCUAAUGUAAACAUUUUUUUUAAAAGAUCGGUGUUACAUUAUCAUCGUAGGUAUUGAUAAAUAAAUGAUGUCACUGCUUCCCUUCAGCCGCCAGUGUUACAGAGUGCCGAAUUCUCGGGUACAUGUACCUCUAUGUAUUUCGAAAGUACUGAAGUUGAUACUAAUGUAUGUAAGCUGUUUAAGUGGCGCCCUCAGUGGCAAUAUACUGGAAAUAGUGAGCACUCUGUAUGUAAAUUCUCUGUGACUUUACUGUGAAUCAAUGUUUACAAAAAUAGGUCAACUUUAUUUUUAUCAUUUAAAAUGAAAUAUUUUAUAAUUUCUAGUGCAAUUUUGUGGUAUAAUGUCUAAAUAAAAUGCAGUAUUUUUUAUUUUAAUUUACCAAUUUUGUAAAUUUAUUUUUAUGUAACAUAAUACCUAAUUUAAAACGGGUCUAUUGUUUAUUUAUAUGAAUGAAACUUUAUGCAUCUAAAUGUAUAGAUAAAGACAUGUAAAAUGGUACCUUUAAGUACCGG